AAGAUGGCAAUGUCAUCGUUAACACCGCCUUGUUUCCUCUCGAUCACAUCCUCGAGCCAACGCCACCGGAAAACCGCCCACCUUACUCCGAAGUCAGCAAAAAUUCAUAGUGCAACAAACCUGGACGACAAUAUUGGCUCGCUCGAGACGUGCAAGCCCCCAUGCAACCGCGUGAGCAGCCCUCCCAAUGUCGUCGCCUCCGUCAUCCAGCCCUCCCACUCCACCAUGGCCCUUGGCCCCUCAAAGGCCACCCUUGGCCGCCAUCUGGCGCGCCGGCUCGUUCAGAUCGGCGUGGACGACGUGUUCUCCGUCCCGGGGGACUUCAACCUAACGCUCCUCGAUCACCUCCUCGCUGAGCCGGGCCUCAACCUCAUCGGCUGCUGCAACGAGCUGAACGCUGGAUACGCAGCCGAUGGCUACGCGCGGUCCCGGGGUGUGGGCGCCUGUGUGGUGACGUUCACCGUCGGCGGGCUCAGCAUCGUGAACGCGAUAGCCGGUGCGUACAGCGAGAACCUGCCGCUCAUCUGCAUUGUCGGUGGGCCCAACUCCAACGACUACGGCAGCAACCGGGUCCUCCAUCACACCAUCGGCUUGCCCGAUUUCACCCAAGAACUGCGGUGUUUUCAGACUCUCACUUGCCAUCAGGCGGUGGUGAAUAACCUUGAAGAUGCACAUGAACAAAUCGACACUGCAAUCUUUACGGCUCUGAAAGAGAGCAAGCCUGUGUACAUCAGCAUCAGCUGCAACUUAGCUGCGAUCCCUCACCCUACUUUCAGCCGCAAGCCCAUCCCCUUUUCGAUCUCUCCCACGUUGAGCAAUCAAAUGGUUUUGGAGGCCGCGGUGGAGGCGGCCGCCGAGUUCCUGAACAAGGCGGUGAAGCCCAUCAUGGUCGGCGGGCCCAAUCUCCGCGUUGCGAAGGCAUGUGACGCCUUUGUCAAACUGGCUGAUGUCUGCGGUUACGCCCUCGCGGUGAUGCCCUCUGCCAAAGGUCUCGUCCCUGAGCACCACCCCCGCUUCAUCGGGACGUACUGGGGUAUGGUGAGCACCGCGUUCUGCGCGGAGAUCGUGGAGUCUGCCGAUGCGUACUUGUUCGCAGGGCCCAUCUUCAAUGACCUUAGCUCUGUUGGGCACUCUCUCCUUAUCAAGAAGGAGAAGGCGAUCAUAGUGCAGCCCGAUCGGGUCGUGAUCGCGAACGGCCCCUCGUUCGGGUUUGUCCGGAUGAAUGAUUUCCUAGAGACACUUGCCAAGCGACUUAACCGAAACACAACGGCUUAUGAGAACUACAACCGAAUGUACGUUCCUGAGGGGCGUCCUCCCAAACGUGAGCCUAAGGAGCCACUGAGGGUCAAUGUUCUGUUCCAACAUAUUCAGAACAUGCUGUCGAGCAAAACUACUGUGAUCGCCGAGGCAGGAGAUCUUUGGUUCAACUGCCAGAAACUUAAAUUGCCCAAGGGUUGUGGUUGCGAGCAUCAAAUGCAGUAUGCAUCAAUUGGUUGGUCCGUCGGAGUGACUCUUGGAUACGCUGCGGGUGCGCCUAAUAAGCGGGUGGUCACUUGCAUUGGCGACGGGAGCUUCCAGAUGACUGCACAGGAUGUCUCGACGAUGCUGCGAUGCGGACAGAAGAGCAUCAUCUUCCUGAUAAACAACGGCGGAUACACCACCGAGGCCGGGAUUCACGAUGGACCCUACAACGUAAUCAAGAACUGGAACUACACUGGCUUGGUUGAUGCUAUCCACAACGGGGAGGGCAAGUGCUGGACAACGAAGGUCUGCUGCGAGGAGGAACUCGCGGAGGCGAUUGAGACCGCGACCGGGCCCGAGAAAGAUUGCUUGUGCUUCAUCGAGGUGAUUGUGCACAGGGACGACACGAGCAAAGAGUUGCUGCAGUUCGGCUCCAGAGUCGCAGCUGCCAAUAGCCGCGCGCACAUUCCUCGCGGCACCAUUUGA